AUGGGAGCUGAGGCGUCAAAACCAAUGCCGGGCGCGCAGCUACGAGUUAUCGGAGCAGGCUUACCACGAACGGGGACCGCAUCCUUCACCGCUGCCUUGUCUAUCCUCCUUGGCGGACCAGUCUACCACAGCGGCACGCAGAUGCUGGUCUCGGGCGAUGAAAAGCACAUCAAGACUCAGAUUAGAAUUCUCGAGCAUACGCCCAUGCAAUCUCCCGAGGACAAGAAAGUCGUAAUGGAGGGUCUCAAAAGCUUGGUGAAUGGCUAUGUAGCCACCGCCGACUCCUCUAUGUGCCAGUUCGUUCCAGAGCUGCUGGAGCUUUUCCCUGACGCGAAGGUGAUCUGUACAACCCGAGACCCAGAUGCAUGGGCCAAAAGCAUGGGCGAAUUAGCGAGUACCUCAUUGCAGAAUAUGCUCGCACUCAUGCUCUUUUGGGUGCCCUGUCUACGACUCUUCCCGAAGUGGGUUCGCGUCCUGCACGAAGGCCGAUGGGGAGAGCUGUACAUUCGGCCAGGCGAGCAGGCCAACUAUGGACAGGUGACGUGGGAGAGACAUGUAUCAUGGCUUCAAGAGUCUGUUCCCAAAGACCGACUCGUGUUCUACGACGUGAGGGACGGGUGGCAGCCACUUUGCGAUGUGCUUGGCGUCCCAGUACCGCGAGACACGGAGUUUCCUAGAAUGAAUGACUCUGAUGCGAUGAGCAAAUUCGCUGCAAAGCAGAUCGCCAAUGGUGUAUUGAGAUGGCUCAUUGUUGUCGUGGUUGGCGCAGGGAUCAUGGGAUUUAUGUGGCAACAUAUCUAG